CAUCGUCAGCGGCACUUCCGUUCACACUGCAGCACCGACGGUACAGUUCCGGUUCUACCUCGGAGCGGGAUUCGAGCUACAACGACGGCGGGAAGUUGGUUUCAUCAAUUUACCUUGAAAUCCACAACAACUGGACGAACGAAAUCGCUAACGAUCGACUAUUCGUCAUCUAACAUCGAUGGCUCUUUAAACGGAAACACGCCAACUGCAGAGCAAGCGUAGCGGCGUGGGGUCCAGCUAACAUGGCUAACAUCGGAAACCAGCCGCCAACACAGGCCGUUAACAAGCCUGCGCCAGGAAAACAUGGAAAUGUACUGCCCCUGUGGGGCAACGAAAAGACCAUGAACCUCAACCCAAUGAUUCUCACCAAUGUGCUGUCCUCGCCAUAUUUCAAAGUUCAGCUUUAUGAACUAAAGACGUAUCACGAAGUUGUGGACGAAAUCUAUUUCAAGGUGACUCACGCAGAGCCUUGGGAAAAGGGAAGCAGAAAGACUGCAGGCCAGACUGGAAUGUGCGGAGGGGUGCGUGGAGUUGGAACUGGUGGUAUCGUGUCUACUGCUUUCUGUCUUCUAUACAAACUGUUUACUCUCAAGCUGACACGCAAACAGCUGAUGGGUCUGAUCACUCACACAGACUCGCCCUACAUCAGAGCACUUGGUUUCAUGUACAUAAGGUACACUCAGCCCCCGGCAGAUCUGGUCGACUGGUACGAUGGCUUCCUGGAUGAUGAGGAGGAGCUCGACGUGAAGGCAGGAGGUGGCUGUGUAAUGACCAUCGGAGAGAUGCUGCGUUCCUUCCUGACCAAACUUGAGUGGUUCUCCACUCUUUUUCCCCGUAUCCCAGUGCCUGUGCAGAAAAUUAUUGACCAGCAGAUAAAGGCGAGACCUCGUAAGGUCGCGCCGAAGGAGACACAGGAGGAAGAGGCCACGUUCACAGGAGAGUCAGGGAGGCAAGUGGAAAAACGGCACUCCAGGACACCCAGGCGAUCGCCGAGUCCCAGAAGGUCGCCCAAACGGUCGCCCAAACGGUCACCCAAACGGUCAAGGAGCAGGAGCCACCAUCGUGAGAGGGAGCGCCAUGGCCCCAGUUUCGACCGAGAACUGGAGAGAGAGCGUGACCGGCAAAAGAAGGAGAGGGACGGCAGGGAUGGCAGGGACAGGGAUAGGGACAGAGAAAGACGACGGUCCCGCAGCGCAGACAGGAACCAAGAACGACGAGAACGCAGAAGAAGUCGCAGUGGCAGUAGGGACCGAAGAAGCGAACGCAGAGAGAAAGAAAGAGAUGGUGGCGAUGACAGGAUCAAGAGGAAGGAAAGGGAUCACCAUAAAGAAAGGGUCACAGAGAGGGAGAGGUCCAGGGAUAAGAAGAGCAGGGGAGAGACGGAUGACAGGAGGCACAAAGACGACAGGGAGAGGCACAGAGAAGAAAGGAAAGCCAAAAGGUCGAGUCAAAGUCGAAGCAGGGAAAGGAAGCACAAAAGUGGCGAGGAGAAGAACCGGAAACGAGAGCGCAGCCACAGCAGAGAGAGAGACAGGGACAGAGAUGGGGAACAGCGCUCCCACAAACGUAGUGGUAGCAAAGAGAGGAGUCAUCAUCAGCGUGAGUCCAAUAAUGACCAUUGUAAACAUAGUGAACGCAGAAGGAGUCAGAGCACUGAGUAAAUGUCGCCCCGCAGCAAUAUUACUUCUUCUAUUCCCUGUGAUUUUCUCCCUUUUUUCUACCCAGUUGUAUGAUCUGUCUCUUGUGCCGAAGACUGGGAAUGUUAGCACGCUGGACAUCUGGUUAUGUUAUCUUUGGCCAAUGCAAUGUUGCUUUACUUUUUGUGUUUUUCUGCCUUUUUCAAUCCCAAUUAGACCAUCGUUAGUCUUCACUUGAAAUUUGGAAAGAGGCAAAAAUGGCAUUUUAAUUUUCUAUGGUUCUUUCUUUUGCCCCAGGAUGUCAUGGGUUUGUAUAUAAUGUUUUGAAAGCUGUCGACACACGAUAAGUGGUCAGAGUGCGCAUUCACCGCUGGGUUGGGCGCGGUCCAUGCCUAAAGCUCAGCUCAACACUGUCGCCAUAUAAUUGAUAAUAAUUAACUGUUCAGGCUGUGCGAAGGCCUUUUUUUAUAUUUCACUAAUACAGAGAAUGUUACUGGAAUUAUCCUCAUCCAUAAACCCAUUUGUUUGCUGUAUUCUGAUUAAACAUUCUCUGAACAGUCCAAUGUCAACGGUUAAAGUUCAUAUCAUGUGUCGUGGCAAUGAGUCUCAACAGCGAUUAGACAGUGAAUGCUAACUCCAUCAUUGAUCGUGUGUUGACAGCCUGAAAAUAUUUUAAUCCUCCAAAGGGCAGUAUGCAAAGGGUAAUGUUUUUUACCACACACAGUUGAGCCCUGCUUGUGCUGUGAAUGGAUUGUUGCUCUGUUGCAUUUUGUUUUCUAUUAAACACUUUUACGAACAA